UUCUUCUUUAAUUUAAUAACUUCCCCCCACAAAAGUAAAUCUCCCCUUUCACCUAACGCGUCAUCGCCGGCGUAGCAGCCAUGGCCAGCACAGUUCGAGUCGCCGCCGCCCAGAUGACUUCCAUCAACGACCUCACCACCAAUUUCGCCACCUGUUCUCGUCUUGUCAAAGAAGCAGCUUCUGCAGGGGUGAAAUUUGUGUCUUUUCCUGAAAAUUUCUCUUAUGUGGGUGCCAAAGAUGGUGAUAGUCUUAAAAUUGCCCAACCAUUAGAUGGCCCGAUUAUGAAAGGUUACUGCUCUCUUGCAAGAGAAUCAAGCAUUUGGUUGUCACUAGGGGGCUUCCAAGAAAGAGGAUCAGAUGAUGCACAUUUGCGUAAUACUCAUGUUUUAAUAGAUGAUACUGGAAAUAUUAGGCAUACUUAUUCAAAAAUACACCUAUUUGAUGUAGAUGUUCCUGGGGGUAGAUCUUAUAAAGAGAGCAAGUUUACAGAAGCAGGGAAAGAUAUUGUGGCUGUGGACAGCCCAAUUGGGCGGUUGGGUGUUACAGUUUGCUAUGAUUUGAGAUUCCCUGAGCUUUAUCAGAAGUUACGGUUUGAUCAUGAAGCUCAGGUGAUGUUGAUACCUGCAGCUUUCACAAAACCGACUGGUGAAGCGCAUUGGGAGAUUCUCCUUCGUGCUCGAGCGAUAGAAACACAAUGCUAUGUGAUAGCUGCUGCACAAGCUGGAAAGCAUAAUGACGAUAGAGAAAGUUACGGUGAUUCAUUAAUAAUUGAUCCAUGGGGAACCAUUAUUGGUCGGCUACCUGAUCGAUUAUCAACAGGCAUUGCAGUUGCAGAUAUUGAUCUAUCUUAUGUGGAGUCUGUCAGAGCAAAAAUGCCAAUCUCCAAGCAAAGGAAGCCUCUUUGAGUUCAAGAAAUGAUAAAGAUGCUUCUUCUUCCAACUCUCUCUUUUCCUAUUUUCUCAAAUUCAGAACUUUGAUUAAAUGUGGUGGAUUAUGUUUUGUUCUCUAAUGGUGAAUUAUUCUAAAUAAAUAGCCAUAAAUUU